GUAAGGGAGCAUCAUAUAUCUCUUUGUGUCUACAUUCGUGGUGAAGUUGUUGCAGAGAAGAUGGAGAAGAAAAAGGAAAUAUCCCUUUUCUACUGCAUGGAGGCCGAAGAACUUGCACGUAAUGUUGCGGCCGCACAUCCAGACUGCAUUCACCUUCAGUCCAUCAAUUGGAGGAGCUUUGAUGAUGGAUUCCCAAAUCUUUUCAUUAAUAAUGCACAUGAUAUCCGAGGUCGACACGUAGCUUUUCUCGCUUCUUUCAGCUCUCCUGCAGUCAUUUUUGAGCAGCUUUCUGUCAUCUUUGCUUUGCCAAGACUAUUUGUGGCGUCUUUUACAUUGGUUUUGCCUUUCUUUCCUACCGGCUCUUUUGAACGCAUGGAGGAGGAAGGAGAUGUAGCAACUGCAUUCACCAUGGCAAGGAUACUGUCAAAUAUACCCAUAUCUAGGGGUGGCCCAACUAGUCUGGUCAUCUAUGACAUCCAUGCAUUACAGGAAAGAUUUUACUUUGGUGACCAUGUUUUACCUUGCUUUGAAACUGGGAUCCCUCUAUUAAAGCAGCGCCUUGGAGAGCUUCCCGAUGCGGACAAUAUAAUCGUGGCAUUUCCUGAUGAUGGAGCAUGGAAGCGAUUCUACAAGCAGUUGCAACAUUUUCCCAUGGUUAUCUGCACAAAAGUUCGAGAUGGUGACAAGAGGAUUGUUCGGAUAAAGGAAGGGAAUCCUGCUGGUCGCCAUGUUGUCAUUGUUGAUGACUUAGUGCAAUCUGGGGGCACACUUUUUGAGUGUCAGAAAGUUUUGGCAGCCCAUGGUGCUGCAAAGGUUAGUGCUUAUGUCACACAUGGCGUAUUCCCCAAGAGAUCAUGGGAGCGGUUUGCUCAUCGUAAUAGUGAGGGAGAGGGUACAGAAAAGCCUUUCGCAUACUUUUGGAUAACAGAUUCCUGUCCUCUUACUGUUAAAGCUGUGUCUGGAAAGGCUCCCUUUGAAGUGCUAACCCUGGCUGGGUCCAUUGCAGAUGCCCUUCAAAUCUGAAGCAUUUGGUCUCAUUUUGGAUAAAUUAUUUCGAAUCUUGAUAGGGGAGUUGGCUCCAGGACCCAUUGAGAGCCUCUGUGAUAUGCAUAAUCUUUCCCGUAUGCCGGAUUUUGUAUAGGCGUUUCUUUGGGAAAUUCGGCUUUGCUUUGCUACUAACAUACCGCAUUGGAUGAGUGUGACCAGCCACCAAACUGGUAAUGGGUUUGGUAUUGUCUAGCCCGGUCUGAUGAAACCUCUUGUUAAGUUAUCAAGAAGAGCAGCCUUAGAAAUUGCCGAUCUUUAGAGUUUAAAACAUUAUGUUCAA